CUGACCCGAUUCCCGAGGCGCUGGCCGCGGUGCUGAAGCAGCACUUUCGUAGGCGGGAGGAAGGAGGGACCGAGCCGCGAGAAGAGGCGGAGCUCUCUGAGCCGGGAGCUGGAAAUGGGGGGAGGGGCAGGGCGGCGCCAGUAGGCCCGAGACCCUGGCAGGCUGGAGAGGAAGAAGACCGGAGACAGCCUGGCUAGAGCGGACAAAGGCAUCUGGACAAGCUUACGCUGAAGAAACCAAGGUUCUCUUCCCGGUCUUAUUAAUCCUCUUUCUUCUUCUUGGAGGAACCCUCACCUUGUAUCCUUACCUCAGCCUCCUUCCCCAGCCCGGCUAAGGAGUGACCCACUCCUAGGCCUCUGUCUGCUAAGUCACUGGCUUCCAGUCCACAGGAUCCCAGCCUAGGGCCUACCUCCUCACCAUGGUGAAGUUGCUGCCUGCCCAGGAGGCAGCCAAGAUCUACCAUACCAACUAUGUGCGCAAUGCCAGGGCUGUGGGUGUGAUGUGGGGGACACUCACCAUCUGCUUCUCUGUACUGGUCAUGGCCCUCUUCAUCCAGCCCUACUGGAUCGGUGACAGUGUUAACACACCCCAGGCAGGCUACUUUGGCCUUUUCUCCUACUGUGUGGGCAACGUGCUGUCCUCUGAACUCAUCUGUAAGGGUGGCCCGCUGGACUUCUCCUCCAUUCCCUCUAGAGCCUUCAAGACUGCCAUGUUUUUUGUGGCAUUGGCAAUGUUCCUCAUCAUUGGCUCCAUCAUCUGCUUUAGCCUCUUCUUUGUCUGCAACACGGCCACUGUCUACAAGAUCUGCGCAUGGAUGCAGCUGGCAGCAGCCACAGGCCUGAUGAUUGGCUGCCUGGUCUACCCCGACGGUUGGGACUCAAGUGAGGUGCGGCGCAUGUGUGGGGAGCAGACAGGCAAGUACACACUGGGCCAGUGUACCAUCCGCUGGGCCUUCAUGCUGGCCAUCCUCAGCAUUGGAGAUGCCCUCAUCCUCUCCUUCCUGGCCUUUGUGCUGGGCUACCGGCAGGACAAGCUCCUCCCUGAUGACUACAAGGCAGAUGGAAAAGAGGAAGUCUGAAGCAGCUGAAGUUCGGUGAGUAACCAUUGUUGGGUCAUCUGUGUGCCUUUGGAAGGGCUGUGGCCUUCGCGGUUUCCUUAUUGACUCAGCAGGGUGCAUGGCUGGUGGGGGAGGGGGCUGUGGGGGCUGCGGUUCGGGCUGGGAGAGGAGGAAGGACUCUGGCAGGAGUUAGCUGGCAUCUGAGACCCUCUAGUUCUCCUUCUGUCUUGAGAAGUAGGCAAAGAACAGGAAGAAAUAUUUAAAAUAGGAGGUGGUGGGGCGCCUGGGUGGCUCAGUGGGUUAAAGCCUCUGCCUU